AGCUAUGCCGUCUCAUCAUACCAGACAGCUGUGCUUGAGUGUGUGCCUACCUCAGCCUGCCUCUUUCUCUCUUGAUUCUUCUCCUGUCCCUCUUGCUUUACCCCACCCCCCUCUCUUUCCUUUCUCUCUACCUUCGACACUCUCAUCCACUCCCGCUUCUCUCUCUCCCUUCCUUCCCUCUCUCACUCCCCCCCCCCCCCCCUACCCACCCUCCCUCCUCCCUCUCUCUUUCGGCUGUCCUUGAUGGUGCUCUGUGGAGGAGCAGAGCACUGUAGUGCUGGGUUGUGCAGGAGGAAGCAGACAGCCAGCCUUUGCCCAGUGGAUACAUACUGUUCUGUCUCUUCCAACGCUGCUGCCGUUACCCGGGAUACGCAGUCGGCCUGCCGUGCUGCCAGGGGAGUCGAGGGCUGAUGCCAGUCUGCCAUGUCGGCUGAGUGACAACCUAAGGGGAACGCGUUUUAAAGGUGUAUAUACCUUCCUGAAGUCUGUUGCAACAUUUGUCAAUCCUCUGAAAUGCCCAUUGCGCCAUGUCUGCCACACAGCUGGAGGAGACAGAAAAUGUUUUUGACCUGAACGAGGCCAUCCCAGAGACAGAGCUGCUGGACAACAGCAUACAGAAGGGGCGUGCCCAGCUGUCCGUCAAAGCCAGGAGGCACCGCCCCUCUCGCUCUCGCUUCCGAGACAGCGUCAGUUCCACAGAGGGAGAUGACAGUCUGGAGAGGAAGUGUCUGGACAGCCCUUUGCACUCCGUCCGUUCCCCCCUCCACUCCACCCUGCGAGGAGGCUCCUCCCCUUCGCCUGAUUCGCUCCUCUACUCGUCCUCCCCUUGUCCCACCUUACGGAGCCCGGUCUUCUCCUUCGACACCUCCUCCUUAAGGCGCUCCCCGGAGGAGGGCGGGACCGGGUCGCUAGCCACUCGGGGGCGGUACCGCCAGCUGACAAAUGCCACGUCUCAGGAGGCCCUGUUGACCACGCCCAACAGCUCUCCCUCCAAGUCAUGUCCCAGUUCGGACUGCUCGCCUGUUUACAUUCGACGGGCACGACGCCCAGACAGUGAGGUGUUAGUUUCAGAAAACAGUCGAGACACAAGCCCGGCCGACCCCGGCAACAACAGCCUUAUCUUCGACAAGAAGACGAAGAGGAGGUUCUUGGACCUGGGGGUCACAUUGAGACGCUCCUAUGUGAGAGUCAGAAAAGACAAGUCAAACAGACUGUCAAUGGGAAGCCGGGAGUCAUCUGAGAGCCCGUCCAGGUCCUCUGGCUCGUUCGUGCCUUUCUCCUGGUUCACUGACAGCGCCAGGGGCUCUGUGUCCUCCGGGGUAACCCCGCCCUGCUCCCCCAAACUGGUCUCACAGGACUGCAGCCCCCGCAAGUCCAACUCUCAGGAGUCUGCCCUGAGUGAUGAGUUCUCUCCUCCCCCCCGUAGUCCCCCCCACGCCUCCAGUGGGACCACAGCCGACUCGUCCUCCCGCUCCUCACAACGCUACCAGACCCUCUCCCAGUCCUCAGACGAGCCUAUUGACGAGCCACUGUGCCUCGUGUCGUCGUGGAGCACCCAGCAGGUGUGCCAGUGGCUGAAGGGGUUGAACAUGGAGCAGUACAUCCCAGAGUUCACUGCCAGAGACAUCGACGGGGAGCAGCUCCUCCUGAUGGACGGCACUAAGCUCAAGGGUCUGGGAGUGAACAGUUCCACGGACCGCAGUGCACUGAAAAGGCGGAUCAGAGACAUUCACGCAGCAGCGGAAAAGGAGCGCAAGGCCCUGGACAAACUGGAUCGGCAGAAAGAGAAACAGCGCAAAAAGGAACAGGAUCUACGCAAGCUAAACACAAGCUAGACAUAACCACCAGAUGGCGUUAAAUUACCACAGAAAUACUCCUGACGAGAAACUGGUGCUGGUGCACCAUCUCCAACUUUCACAUGAUCAUGAUAGCAUUGAUGCUAAGUGGAGUUUUGUGCAAAACGUUGGAAGUUGCGCAUAGACUUUUGUACUGUACCUCUGAUUUGGAUGUGAGGCUUUGAACCCUGUGAUGGGCGGGACAGUGUGUUGUCAAUCACUGACACGUGAUCAAUAACAGAAUGAAAGCUCCAUUAACUUCUUGUCGAACGGCUUUAUUUUAGACCAAGGUCGGAAGCCAAAGUUGGCAUGUGAGAGGUGGGUCGUGAGUUAUGAGAAUACAUCUACACACUAUUUAUUCUUAAUUUGGGUAGUUUGUGGACAAUUUGGGUCACGGCAGGACUGUCAGUUUCUAAUUUGGGUCCAGAGGUGAAAAAGCCUAAGAACCCAUGUUUGAGACCAAUCAAUCAGUGGUUGACGCAACAUGAUAGGUCCCGCCCAUAUUGGGGUUCAGAUGUCUCAUUCUUCCUGGCUAUGACAAAUGUGUUGUUCUUUGUCAAUCAGUGAGGUUAUCCACCCUUGCGGAAAAUGACUAAUAUUUUGUUACUCGAAAUGAAUGUGUGUUAUAUCUGACUUCUACACGCAUUCAAUGCAUUGACACAGUCAUACUUUUCCCAUAACUUUUGACUGUACUCACAUACAGCACAUUCUAGCAAAUUACACACUAUAAAACCUAACCCAUGGUCUGUUAUUAUCGAAAUAAUAGAAUUACAGAAAUUUGCAUUUAUUUAUUUUACGAAGAAUAUAAUCACAGAAUUUAGCUUUUUUUUUUUUUUUUAAUCUCAUAACCACAAGCACGUAACACCCAACCACAUUCAUAUUGUAGUAUGCAUCAAUACUCUGUAAGCCACUGUCAGUCAACUGGAGUUAAACUUGAAGUAACAAUGGAGAUUUGUCCAGGACAUUGUCAAGAUAAGAUGCUGAUGAGACCGAUGUGAUUUUUGAGCAUAUUUCUAAAUACUGUAUGUUUGGUGUACGUGCAUGUUUGUGGCGUACGAUAUACUGUCUGUCUGUGUGCAUAUGUGCUAUCUGAGGUAAUGUCUUUGGUAACGACUGUAUGGGGAUGGGACUGGCUCUCCUGAAAAAGGAGUAUUCUGAGGUGGCCACUUUUAGAAUUCUGCGUGUUGUCAAUCUUCUGUCUCUACUCCCACGUUGCACCAAUCGUCAUCUUAGACGUUUUUGUCUCGAGAGACUCAAAGUUUUUGAAUCCUGCUGGAACAAGACAAGAAAGACACAUCAAUCGUCUUUUGGAGGAUUCAGGGCCCCGUAUAGUAUCCAAACCGUAUUCCCACUUUGCCCAGUUUUCAUACUGAAUUCUUGGACUGGUUUGUGGUCAGAAGACAUGGACAUUAGCUCUAGUUUUUACACAUACACGAUCCUUAGUACUCGUUUCUUGAUUUCCGUCCGCCCAUUUAUUUUCAACUCCUGUGUCAAAUGGAAAUAUGUAUUAAAUAUGUUUUAAAAUGCAGAAUGCA